CUUUUAUACCUUGAGUAAACCCCACUUAAUCUAAACUUAUAAUUGACUAAUUAUGUGUAUAAUAUAAUGUCACGUGUUCAAAAUACGACUGUUGAACUCGAUGAGAUAGUUAUAUUUGUUAGCUUCAACGAUCACCCCUACUGUUACGUUCGUUGGAUAUCUCGAGGGGUUUGUUUUUUAAAUCUACCUCCUGUAUCGAUUUGAUUUUACGAGCUGAAACUCUCCGUUGCUGGUAAACGUGUUACAAAACGGAUAAAAAUGACUCUCACGUCAAAGGCUCCAUGUUUCAAAUCCAAGUUUAUAACUGCUGAGCUGGUGCGUCUGUUCAGCCAAUCCGACAGUGAGGAGGAGUUUGAAGGUUUUAGUGAGGAGGAAGAUGACCGAGGAUGUCAUAACACCAAGGUGGUGGAUUCAGAAGAGGGUAGCGAUGUGGACACAGGGUUUUACUCUGAUGGUGAGGAGCCCCCCCAAAAAAGGAGGAGUCUUUUAGUCGCGCUUAGGUUUCCAAUCAAAAGACAGUCUUCCCCCAAAAAAGAAUCAAAAGAGAAAAAAGCCAAAAAGCCGGUCAAAGAAAGUCCUCCGUCACAGAGAGCGAGAGGCAGAUGGACCAUGAAGAAGAAGCAGCAGCAGGAAAGUGCAGAUGAUGACGAUGAAGAUGAAGAGGAGAAGGAAGUUCUGUCUUCGAGCCUAACGAAACGAAACAAAAACAUCCAGGAAAACAAAGCAAUGCUGGCAAAACUGUUUGCUGAUCUGAGCUCCAUGGCUGACCUGACUCUGCCCACAACCCCACAGAAAAAGAAACGAGCGUCACAGAGGGCAACGCCACAGAAACGCAAGUUUGAAUCAGCUGUUGGGUCAGAAAGGAGGAACCCGUCCCGUAAAGCUCGUCCUCCUGAGAACUUUGCUGUGGAGGAAAAGAGUGAGCCGGUUAAUCACAGAACCCCCAGGACUGUGGACAUCAAAAGGCUGGUGGAGCAGGUGGACGAGGAGCGAGUUGGCGAGAAGCAGAAAAGAAGGACUUGCAGGAAGAGUCGGUACGUGGUAAGGUCUGUUGACGACAUCACCAAAGAGGACCUGGACAACAUAGCGUACCGCAGCAAAGACAAGAUCUGGGACAAAGAGAACGGCAGCUCGUGUCACCAGUGCAGACAGAAGACUCUUGACACAAAGACAGUGUGUCGCAGUGGUUUCUGUGUGGGGGUCAAAGGUCAGUUCUGUGGGCCUUGCCUGAAGAACCGCUACGGAGAGGAUGUGCGCACUGUUCUGCUUGACCCGAUGUGGUCGUGUCCGAUCUGCCGGGGAAUGUGUAACUGCAGUCUGUGUCGUAAGAAGGAGGGCCGCUGUGCCACCGGUAUCCUGGUGGGCUUGGCCCGCUACAGUGGCCACGACAAUGUCCACGAGUAUUUGGAGAGUAUUAAGAAGGAGCUGAAGUGAAAUCCAGAUACCUGAACAGCUGAUACCUGGAAGAGUUCUGGUGCUGCACAGUACUGUAGAAAACAUUUUAAUAUACUUCUUUUAGGUUAGAUCAUCUGUUUUAUUUUCCUUUUAAGUAACCUUAAGGUAAGGCACAUUUACUGUAUACUAUGUUUUAUAUAUCCUGAUUUGAGGCUGCAUAAAAUGCAUGUUUUUGGGGUUAUUGUUUUCUUUUUUUUUUUUUAAGCUAAUGCUCAGUUUUGAGUUAGACAUUUUAUUUGGUAAAUUUCUAAUAUCAAUGUUGGGUAAAUGUAAUGUCUUCCUCUGUGUAAUGUAUGCAAACUGGAAAAUGCUUUUCUACUUUUCUAAAAUUGAAAGACUUUGCACUGUUCUUGUCAGUCUACUGUAAUUUUAAUUAAAAAAUGGCAUAAUCAAAGCAAUGUACUAAGUUUCUUUUGCCCUUUUUUUUUUUUUGUUGUGGAGUCCAGAUGUUUUUAGCAGCUGAUAACAAUGAUGUCCAAAUUUGGUGGGUUGCAAAAGGACAAAAGUAUUCUCCCUCUUUGUAGUUUUUCCUCUGAUUCUCGUAACUGUAACGAGUCCAUGAUAACAAACAAAACAUUUUAAUUUCAGG